GUUUCGGAAGCAACUGCAGAAGAAGAAGAGCUUCCUCUUUUUCCUCAGCGAGUAGCGUGAAGCUGCUAGGGUUUUGGUGUUAGGCUUACAGUUACAGACUUACAGAUUACAGUUAAAAUUCCUUGCAUCAGACUACUCAAACCUUCAAGGGAAUACGCAGCAUUCUCGAGUCUCAACAGCAAGUAUUUCUUCUAUAUGCUCUUCCUCCUCCUGGACUGUCUUCGUUCCAGCUUCUCAGUCCUCCGAGCUUCAUCUGCUUCGCAAAUUUCUUGUAUCUUCAGGAUUAUUUGUGAGUUCAUCUGUGAGGGAGUCCCUGAUAGUUUAUGUGCAAAAUUGAUCUAGUAUUAGUUGUGGGAUGAAAUGAGUGAUUCAUCUAUUUCGGGAAGAUUUACGCGGAUCGUUUAACUUUUCGGGACUGUGCUGAAGAAUUUGAAGACUUCCAACAUGCUUGUUUGUAAUCCUGCUAAUAAGCUAUCUUUUAAUCGAUUCAUUAGCAAUGGCGAUUUGGUUAUUGUUUAUGAGAGGCAUGACAGCAUGAAGCCAGUAACGGUGUCUGAAAACUCUGUCCUCCAGAAUCGUUUUGGAGUUUUCAAGCAUUCUGACUGGAUAGGAAAGCCAUUUGGUUCCAAGGUGUUCAGCAAUAAGGGUGGUUUUGUAUACUUGUUGGCUCCUACUCCAGAGUUAUGGACUCUUGUAUUAAGCCAUCGGACUCAGAUUCUCUAUAUUGCUGAUAUUAGCUUUGUAAUCAUGUACCUGGAGAUUGUUCCUGGUUGCUUGGUGAUGGAAUCUGGAACUGGAAGUGGGUCUUUGACCACGUCUCUUGCAAGGGCUGUUGCUCCUACAGGACAUGUCCAUACGUUUGAUUUCCAUGAACAAAGAGCUGCAUCAGCUAGGGAAGAUUUUGAGAGGACGGGACUAAGCAGCUUGAUCAGUGUGAAUGUGAGAGAUAUCCAGGGUGAGGGAUUUCCUGAUGAAUUUGCUGGUUUAGCUGAUGCUGUAUUUCUUGAUCUACCCCAACCUUGGCUAGCCAUUCCUUCAGCUGCAAAAAUGUUAAAACAGGAUGGAACUUUGUGCUCAUUCUCUCCAUGCAUUGAACAAGUACAACGAUCAUGUGAAGCACUCCAAACCAGCUUCACAGAUAUAAGGACAUUUGAGGUGCUCCUGCGAACAUAUGAAGUUCGAGAAGAGAGAAUGGAUGGGAUUGUAGGGGAAGGGAAUGCUGCUAAUGGUUCUCUUCCCUGCAAGAGAAGGCAAUGUUCUGAUGGAAGCAAUGUGCUUAGCAGUAGCAGUAGUGUUUCUACUGUUAUGGCUAGACCUAAUGGUGAAGCAAGAGGUCAUACAGGCUAUUUGACAUUUGCAAGACUUAAAUGCCUCUCAUGAGCGGUGGUAGUGCACUUGUUUCCUUCCAAUUUUGUGACAGAUAUAAAGCUCUGUAUUUAAUUUUAGCCUCAGGUAACAAUUCUUUGUUCAAUCUAAUGCUUUUCUCGUAGGAGAAAAUUCUGAUAGAUGCUUCUUGGCUUCAACCUGCUUCAAAAUUAGUGCAAUAACUAGAAGUGAAAAUUGGUUUUCCAUAUGUCAAACCCAUUUAGUUAGGUUCGGUUGUUAAUUUGAGUAUUUUUGUUGAUUGAAUUAUGCAUUAAUGAUAUGAUAUUCUUGAGAUAUUUUGAACUAAUAUGUUUGAGACUCUCUCAA